UCAGGGUAUUUUGAUACACGUUCGACUUUCCUCUGUAAAACUUCGACGGACGGUGUUCACUUAGUACGAGAAAAUGACGGAGGAAAAAGCGGUGACAGUUUUCAGGGAUUAUCUAAGGAUUAAAACUGUACACCCAACACCGGCCUACGAUGAAGUAGUUGUGUUUUUGGAGAAUCUGGCAAAAGAUGUGGGCAUUCAGUGCAGGACACUCGAGGUGCAUCCUGGGAGAGUCGUGGUGAUUAUGACGAUUCCUGGAUCUGACCCGUCCCUGCCCUCCAUCAUGUUGAACUCCCACACAGAUGUCGUUCCUGUAUUCCAGGAUCAGUGGGUGUGUGACCCGUUUGAGGCAAAAAAGAUGGAGAAUGGGGACAUAUACGCAAGAGGAACACAGGACAUGAAGAGUGUUGGCAUACAGUAUAUGGAAGCCAUUAGAAAACUAAAGAAGGAGAAUAAACUAAAUUUCUUAAGGACGAUUCAUGUUACAUGGAUACCAGAUGAAGAAAUAGGAGGAAAACUAGGAAUGGCCAAAUUUGUUCAACACGAAGAAUUUAAGAAACUGAAUGUAGGUUUUGGACUGGAUGAAGGUCUGGCCAAUCCUACUGAUGCUUUUACUGUGUUCUAUGGAGAAAGAAUUCCAUGGUGGAUUCGAGUUCGAUGUCCCGGAAAACCAGGUCAUGGGUCAAGGUUCAUAGAGGACAAUGCGGCAGAAAAAGUGAGAAAAGUAAUAAACAGUUUUCUUUCAUUCAGAGAUGAGCAAGAGAAAAAACUCAAGACUCAUGGCUGCUUACGACUAGGUGAUGUUACCACAGUGAAUCUGACCAACCUUAAGGGAGGAUUUGAACAAUCACUGAACGUUGUUCCGACUGAAAUGUUUUUAGGGUUUGACAUUAGAAUCGCUCCUACUGAAGGCUUGAACGAUUUCAAAACAAUGAUGGAGGAAUGGUUGAAACAAGCCGGGGAAGGUAUCACCUAUGAAUUUGUUCAAUACAACCCAGCCCAAGGUAUGACCUCCACAGACAAAAGCUGUCCAUGGUGGAGCACCUUCACCUCUGUGUUUGAGAGACUAGGCAUUACAAUUGAGAAGGAAAUCUUUCCAGCUGCUACUGAUAUCAGAUACAUCCGGGAGCUCGGUAUACCUGCCCUUGGAUUUUCCCCGAUGAACAACACACCGAUAUUGCUUCACGACCACAACGAGUUUCUGAAUGAGAAGGUUUUCCUGCGUGGGAUAGACAUCUACUGUGAACUUAUCCCUGCUCUAGCCAACCUACCUAAGCAAUAGUGUCAUUGUGAUGUCAUCAAGACGUCAGUGUUAUAAAAAGUUGUCAUUAUUGGGCUGCGCUUUAUUAAUAUAUACUUUUGAUAACCAUUAGGCAUUGCCUAAAAUUUUAAUAAAAUCUAUACUUGAAUAAUUUGAAUAUUAAUUUAAAAGUUUUUGAAAGCAUUGAAACAUCAAAAACGAGUUUACUAACUUUAAUUUGGUUUUGAUUAACUGACUAUCAGAAUUUUCAUGUGGUGCAGAAUAAAGACUAUAGGUUAGUAAAAUGAUAUUGUCGUAAUUGUUUUAGGAGGAACAUUUAGUUUGACCUAGGUAAAUGUGACCUUAAUAUAUAGUCCAUAUGUAGUCAGUUCACUGUAAUUUUCGCUGAUCAUUUCUGAUUUGUUCAUUGGGAUCAGAUGUCGUGACUACCGGUUUUAAUUGUUAUGUAUUUUUGUUUACUUUCUCUGUUUAGAUCGUCUUUAUAGUGGGAGAAAUACGUCAGUUAACUUUUACAUGUCUUGCUGAAAUGGAUCAAUUAAAAUCAAUGUUUUGAUGAUUUUUUUCAAAUUAAAAUAUAUAUUUAACAUACGCAAAGGUUCAAGUUGAGAAGUUUUUUUUCACCAAAAAAAUUUCUUGUGCAAUGAUAAUUAUAUUCUAAUACCCCCUUAAAUUCUUAUGUAUUUAUUAAUAAGAUUAAUAAGAAUUCCAAACAAAAGAUAUAUAAAAUUAAAAUUCAUAACGAGUAAAGAAACUACAUUUUGAAAGUGAAAAAAUCCAUAUAUUGAUCACAAGCUGAACACAAGUCAGGGAUGUAAAUGAUUUGAUUAUAUAUCUAUGUAUUUAAGAUUUAUGGUGCUAUGGUUGUAAGGGUUUAUAUAUAAAAAUCAAAGAGAAUGAGUGUAAAGUUGAUUUUUUUUUUACAAUAAAUGCAUUUAUUUUAAAAAUAUAAUGGUGUUUCAC